AUGUGGAGCUGGGUUCCGAUAUGCGUGAGAUUGAUUGCCAACAACAAUGUGCAUGCUGUGAGUGGAAUACAAGUGGAAUUUCACCACCAUGGUACUUCUACCAGCUUUUGGCUUACAAUUAGUCCGGUGCCACUUUCCACCCUCGAUGAGUAUGAAGUAUAUGUGGCCAGCGGCGACACCAUAGACGAACAAACCGUGGUGUGGAUCCCGGCAAGGUACCACCUGCACCAUAUGCUAACCAAAAACGAGAAUUUUCGGCUGUUUCUCUCACAAUUUUUGACCAAUGGGUUUUCCCUAUUUCCCCACAAUUCGGUAUCUUCACAAGAGCCAGAGGUUUCGGUCUUAGCAUUGAGUCCCAAAGACCACGCAACAAGCAAAAAGAGGUUCAAGCACGGAAAAAACCUCCACUUUAGCUCGGCAACUUCUCAAGCAGAAAUCUCCAUCACUUCAUACCCAUUCAGUUUCACGAACCCUGUUCUCUUUUCAAACUUUCGGUCUCAUGGGUUCAUUAAUUAUGCAUUCAUCGACAACGGCGCUCCAUUGGCGUAUUUGACAGACACCAGGUACUUGGAGAACAUGGCUGGAGGCAUAGUACAAUUGACUGACUCUAGUGCCAUAGGACUAGUCAUUGGCAACCUUCGAAAACGCAACGGUGACGGCGACUUGAACUUGGUUUGUGGUUGGCACCUACUCGGCGACUAUUUGACCAAGAUUUUCGGUUCCGAUGCCAUUUCUGAUAAUCCAAUUGUUCUCGAAUCUCGCACCGAUAUGAUUCCAGUGUUUCCUUUAGUAGUAGGAAAUUCAACCUCGAGAUCGUGGGGAACUUGUACUUAUGUUUCGUCCGUACUUGUUACCAAUUACCACGUUUUGAAGCCGUACAUUGAAGCGGCAGACUCAUCUGCGACAUGUACCAUUUAUGUCCAUGGUUCACAAAAAAUUUAUCUUUCGCUGGAGGAUAACAUUAUCACUCCGUUUCCCGAGCUCGACUUAUCCUUCAUAUUUUUAUCUCCACACCAUCUUGCUGCUUUGGGAAAGGUUCAACAUCUCAAGCCAUCAAGCAGCGACGUCAACGAUACCGUCUAUUCUGUUGGAUACGGCCUCUUUUACAGCCAACGACAAACAGCUCCGCUUCUAGCCAAAGGCCAUAUCUCGGCAUUGAGCCCUUUGCCUUUCACUAUGGACGAAUCUCCCAUAGAAACCAUGAUUGUGACUUCUGCCCCGUGCUGGAAUGGUUCCUCGGGAGGGGCAUUGGUAGAUUCCGAGAACAAAUUGGUUGGCAUUAUAUGUUCAAACGCCCAGGUUCGGGUCCCCGAGGUGGCAGGCACCAUCACUGGGCAAACAGAGAAGCUUUGUACGUUUUUGCAUGUGUUUGCCGAUAGCUUUAGUACUCAGAUGUCUUGA